AUGCCUGGGCCGGGUGGGUCGCGGAAAAGCCAUACCAAGUCGAGGAAAGGGUGUAAGACUUGCAAGAGGAGACAUAUUCGAUGCGAUGAAAGCUUUCCUCAAUGGUAUGUUAAUGGGAGACGUUAAGUUUGGGCCAUGCUGCUCUACCUUCGUCGAAUUUUCCCGGCUUAUAUUUCUUACAACUCUGCUGUUCUAUCCCGCUGACAACUACCACUUGGGUAAAGUCGUAACUGCACCAAGCACAACGUACGAUGCGAUUAUAUGGACGCUCCUCAGGAUGUGGUGCCCCCUCUAGUGACGGGGGAUCCAGACCUCGGUACCUCUCCUCAAGAUCAGCUUGAACUCGAUCAGUGGGUUAGAAGUGGGGAAUACCCGUUCCCGAAUCUAGGUAUUGGGAAUCAACUAUCACCCUCACGAUACACACCGACCGACCUUCGAUUGAUACACCACAUCUCAUCUGUUGCGACACAGAUGCAGAGUGCUGAGCCAGAUAAGUAUUCAAUCUGGACGAAGCGAGUACCAAUGUUUGCCACCCUAGUAUCCUCAUCAGGCUCUUUCACAGCUUCUUUAUUCUGUUCACAAAGCUUACUCUUUGGCUGGGAGGUUUCUAAGAAUUGCCGCGAAUAAUGACUAUGUCAUGCACUCACUUUUGGCCUUAUCGGCUUCUCAUCUUUCCUGGUUAACUACAUGUUCAGCAACAAUGCAUCUUGCCUACCAGCAUCGGGGGUCAGCCCUGAAAGGAUUACAGGAGGCCAUCGGGGCAUUCUCCAAAGAAAACUCUGAUGCCGUGCUUGCUGCUUCAAUUCUUCUCUCAUGGCAAGCGACUGAUUGGUAAGUCCGGUCUAGCCACGGGGUACUCGGCGGCUCAGGGUGGAUAGCUGACUGACAUGUUUCAGGCGGAUGUGGGCAAGCCUGAUGCAGGGGACUUCGACUGUGAUAAAUGCUAUGCAGGAGUGGAAGCAUGAUAGCGAAUUCGGUGAGUUUAUGGAGGAGAAGAGGAUAUUUUCACGAACUCCUUUUCAACCUCAGAUUGAGGAUCCAGAACGCGACAAGCAGGUUUUGGAACACGUCUACGAAGCUUUGAAACGUCUGGAACCUUACGUGAACGGCAAGGUUGAGGAGACAAGAGGGUUGAAUGAUUUGAUGAACUUCAUCCAGAAUUUACAGAGCUAUGUGCCCAUUCACUCGGCCGAGGAGCAGUUCGAGUUUAUUCACCCGCUUCGUGCCUGGCUCUUUUUCCUUCCAAUAGACUUCCUUAAACGUGUUAAGAGGGAUCCUAGCGUAAUGAUUCUUCUAGCCCACUUUUACGGUGUUGCCCUAGCUGUCGAACCCCUCUUCCCCGCUGUGGGUGCGGCAUACUUUGGGACGAUGUCGGUUGGGCCGGUUGAGGAGAUUCACCGAAACCUGCUACGGCAACGGGAUCGCAUGGAAGCCGGCGAACUUCAGUGGCCCAUCAAUCUUAUGGAGUUCCCGCUUAACAUGGUCCAUGAGUUCAAACAAAGGAUGGGGUGGAGGAGGGUAUGGGAUGCAGAAGAUAGCGAGGUGGGCGAUAUCGAUAUGGAGGGUGGUGGUCAAAGCCCCAGGGUCUUACACGCACCCAUUUGCACCAACUUGGAUGGCUUUGAUGUUAGUGCUUUUGCAGGUUUCGGCAUGUCGCAUAGUCCGACUUCAGCACAACAUUCAGGCACAUCUGCAUCGGGUGGGAGAGGGAGUUGGGAUGCCUGA